CGUUGAGAGAGAAACACCGCUCAGCUACCACCUCCCCUUUACCCCAACUAACACCCACAAUAAAAAAAAUUAAAAAUUAAAAAAUUAUUAUUCACUAAAUUCCCAAAUAUAAAUAGAGCAACAAAACCCCAACUUUCUCAGUUUCUUUUGUCAUUCUUUGCUAAUUUUGUUGGGGGAAGGGGUUGCUCGAUUUCAGGUACUUUGAAUCUUGAUUUUUUUUUCUUUUCCUUAAGGUGGUCAGUACUGUAAUGCACUGCUUUGAUAUUAUGCUGACUCCAAAAGUUUUGCCUGCCUGUCCAUGGUGGACUACUUGCUUAUCAAGUGCACUUACAAAUUCCGUUUUGAGGUUUAGUUCCCAGAUGUCGAGCUUAGAGGAGCCGCUGGGUCAUGAUAAUUUUCCCAGCUCAUGUGGCAUAGGUUGGAUCCAGAGGUUCAGUCCUAAUGCGUGCAGGCCAAGGGAAGAUGAAAGAGACACUGAUAAUUGUUCUAUCGAAGGAAGACAAUGCAGCUCUUCGAAUAGUUGCUCUGAAGAAUAUACAUGGAGAAGACAAACAAAAGAAAUGUACAGAUCAAACUCUUUAUUUUCAAGGACAUCCAGCCCUGCUAGAAGCUGUAGGGUCUACAGUGAUGUUUCCGAUUCAAGGCAUUUGCCAGGUCAUCAGACUCGUCACUAUCACUCGUCAUGCACUGGGAGAGAAAUAAGUGGUCUAGCAAAUAAGUUUUUAAGGGGUAUGCCAAAUUUUGUAAAGAUAGUGGAAGUUGGACCCAGAGAUGGAUUGCAAAAUGAAAAGAAAACUAUACCAACGGCUAUCAAGAUUGAAUUAAUACACAAAUUGGUCUCUUCUGGAUUAUCUGUUAUUGAGGCUACAAGUUUUGUGUCUCCAAAAUGGGUCCCACAGCUAGCAGAUGGAAAGGAUGUCAUCGAAGCAAUUCGAAACAUAGAAGGUGUAAGGUUCCCUGUGCUAACACCAAAUCUCAAAGGAUUUGAGGCAGCUGUUGCAGCUGGAGCAAAGGAAGUUGCAGUAUUUGCAUCAGCUUCUGAGGCUUUUUCUAUAUCAAACAUCAAUUGCAGCAUUAAAGAAAGCCUUGCACGUUAUCGUGAUGUCACUCUUGCUGCGAAAAAGUUGGGAAUACCUGUACGAGGGUAUGUGUCAUGUGUUGUGGGUUGUCCAGUAGAAGGGAAGGUGCCCCCAUCAAAUGUUGCAUAUGUAGCGAAAGAGCUUUAUGACAUGGGAUGCUCUGAGAUCUCACUUGGCGAUACAAUUGGAGUUGGAACCCCAGGAUCUGUCAUUCCAGUGCUUGAAGCUGUCAUGUCCAUGGUUCCCACUGAGAAGUUGGCUGUCCAUUUCCACGAUACGUAUGGCCAGUCUCUUGCCAAUAUUUUGAUCUCCCUCCAGAUGGGGGUCAGCGUGGUGGAUGCAUCAGUUUCUGGCCUGGGGGGCUGCCCCUAUGCAAAGGGCGCUUCAGGUAAUGUCGCCACUGAAGAUGUUGUCUACAUGCUUCAAGGCCUCGGCAUAAAGACCAAUGUGGAUCUCGGCAAACUUAUUGCUGCUGGUGAUUUCAUAUCUAAGCAUUUGGGACGCUGUUCGGGUUCUAAAGCUGCUACUGCUUUGAGCAAAAUUGCAGAUGCAUCCAAGAUAUAAUGUUGUUGUACUUGAUUAAUCGAUUUAUGUUGCCAAAUAUGAGAUUGCUUAAUGUCGUUAAUACGGGCAAUCUUUAUGUUAUGUAAUAUUUGGAUGAAUAAAGCUUAUGACUUGGAGAUUUGAAGGGAUAUAUCAACAUAUAUGUAAUAUUUGAUUGGUAUAGUUCUUAGAAAAAAUUGUGACAGUUUCGAAGUGCAACA